GUCGGCCAAGAUCAGGGAGAAAGAAAAGCUCCCAGAAUCAAAAAAGGUCAGGGGCUCACCAACGACCAUGAUAUCCGAGACCACACCACCACAAACCCUCCUCGACGACCGCCCGACUCCCGCUUGAUGCGCCCACCCUCCCGACCGACCCUCUCCCCGCGGCGCAAUGGACGGUGACGGCAACCCCCGCAUGGCCCUCGAGCACGGCCUCGACGGCUUCGGCCUCGUCUUCCCGCUGCCCUUCCGGGUCGCCUGCGUCGUCGUGGCCGCCGUCUGGGGCUGGGCCGCCAACCUGCACUACCUGCACCUGAUGCGCAUCGACGUGCCCGCCCUGAUCCGCUACCCGGCCCGCGCGUCGGCCUCGCAGCCGCCGCACCACGUGUCCACCUACCGCCUCGCCUCGCUCCUCUCCGCCACCGUCGCCGCCUUCCUGCUGCUCUUCUGGGCCGUCACGCGCCGCAAGCCCGGCGCCGUGCUCGACCACGACUGGAUCCCCAUGUCGUGCCUGUUCACCCUCGCCGUCCUCUUCGCCGUGCCGCUGCACCGCACCGCCCUCGCCGUGCCCCACGCCGGCCGCCGUCGCCUGCUGGCCACGCUCCGCCGCGUCUCGGUCGGCGGCCUGGCCGAGGCCCACAACGGCAAAUUCGGCGACAUACUGCUCGCCGACGUGCUGACAAGCUACUCACGCGUGCUGGCCGACCUCUACGUCUGCGUCUGCAUGUUCCUCCGGUCCGGCAACUCGGCCGCCACGGCCCCGCCCGACCGCGCCUGCGGCGCCUCCCUCGCCGUGCCGCUGCUGCUGGCCCUGCCCUACGCCAUCCGCCUGCGCCAGUGCCUGACCGAGUACCUGCGCGUGCGCCGGGCGCCCUACAAGGAGUCGGUAGGCUGGGGCGGCCAGCACCUGGCCAACGCGGCAAAGUACGCCACCGCCUUCCCCGUCAUCGCCCUCAACGCUGCCGUCCGCCCGGGCGCGCCCCAGACGAGCAGCAGACCCCUCCUCGGCCGCGCCUGGGUCGCCGCCGUGCUGCUCAACUCGCUCUACAGCUUCUACUGGGACGUGGCCAAGGAUUGGGACCUGACGCUCCUGUCGGCCCGCCGCCGCGCCGCCGCGCCGGACCAGCCGUAUGGCCUGCGCCGCCGCCUGCACCUGGCGCCCGGCCCGCCCGCCUACUACGCCGCCGUGGCCCUCGACCUCGCGCUGCGCUGCACCUGGGUCGUGCGCGUCGUCGGCCCCACGGCCGACCGCGCCUCGGGGCUCGAGGGCUCCAUCUUCGCCCUCGAGCUGCUCGAGGUCCUGCGCCGCUGGGUCUGGAUCUUCUUCCGCGUCGAGACGGAGCACGUGCGCAACACCACCACCGGCCACGGCCUCGCCGUCGACGACGUGCUCCUGGGCGACUACCAGGGCAAGAGCGAGGAGGACAGCGAGGAGGACUAGGCGUCCUGGGGGCGGGCUUGGUUCAAAGGAAAAUAGACUGGAAAGAGAAGGAGGAAAAAAAAGAAAAAAAAAGAAGGCGGGGGGCAUGGCGUGUAAUAAACUGUACCAACAGAUCGGCGCGUUUGAUGACUCUGGAUCUGCAUGCUUAUGAGGAGUCGGCUGUUUGUUGGUUAUGAACACUAGAAAGCGGGAGUGGCUUUUGCUGCAGCAAUAUAGAUGGGGGUUUGUUUUUGGAUAGGAAUAAUAGAACGACUGCGUACUGAUCUGUCCUGUUGGCUGAGCAGUAGAACCCUUUUAUCUCGUCGAGGAACCCGGUAUUAUUGCAUGUAUCCAAGAGCCGCGUGUAGCCCCGGCCUAGGCUGAAUAGCAU